AUGACUAGCAAGAAGCUACAACAACAACAGUCAAUUACUGAUAAUCGUGAUUUAUCCUGUUACUAUGUCACAAAACAUUCAUGGCGUGGAAAAUAUAAACGAAUAUUUUCAAUCGGUACCCAUGGUAUAACAACGUACGAACCGUCGACGUUAGAAGUAACAAAUACUUGGCCAUAUGAACACGUCAUUAGUCUCACACCUAAUGUAACAAAAUCAGCAGCCUCAAGUUCAACAAGUAGUCACCAACCAACACAACAUCCAGAAUAUGUAUUAACAUUUCGUAAACAAAGAAAAUCGGAUAAUAUGAAAUUUUCGUGUGAAUAUCGUUCAGACAUUAUAACAGAUGCACUACGUUUUCAAACAUUAUUUUAUUCUGAGAAACCUGCAAUAAGUCCUCGCGUAUAUUCAGGAUCGAAAAUACACUGGUCAUCACAACGGCCGUCGAUUCUGUUACGUGUACAAACCUAUUGUUUAGAUCAAAUUGAUGCACAAACGAAUCGUUAUUUAUGUUCAUAUGAUUAUAAAGACAUUGAACAAAUUCAGCUAUUAGCAGCUGGAGAUGUUGCGAAAGGAUUUCUUUUACAAGAUAAACAGUUUUCAAGAUUACAUGCAUUUUUAUGUGAGAAAACAGAUGAAUUACUAACAGUAAUGGCUGAUUUGGCACAACAAACUUUAGGUAUAACAUUGAAGAUCAAUAAAAAAUCUGCGACACCUAUCACAAUAAAUGAUUAUGUUCUCAAUCGUUUUGGUCGUUAUAGUUCCGAUGAACAUUUGACUUCAUUUGCUGAAUUUGUCGUUUACAAAUAUACGCCUCGUCAUCAGGAUGAUGUGGGCGUUCGUCGUAUACUGUGUAUAACUGAAACAUGUCUGUUAGAACGUGACCCACAAACUUAUAACGUUUGUACAUUAAAACCAUUGACUGAAGUUUAUGCUCUCAUUAGGCAUGUCGAUAAUUUACAGUUAUUUACAGUUGAAUAUUUACGAGGAAAACGGUGUAAAUAUACAUCUUCUGAAAGAGAUAUUCUAUUAGCAACAUUACUCGACAGUGUUAGAUCAUCAGGAAACAAUGAUUGUUGUGUUAAAACAACCUUAACGGAUAGAGGAAAACGAUUUGCACCGUUUACAACUUUAGUCGAUGAUGAUGUUGAAAUUCAACACGUAAAAUUUUUAGUACAAUUACCAACAGGUACACUCUUUUUCUUUAAAUAUAAAGCACUAUCUUUUGACAACGUUGUUUUAGGUGGUCAAACAUCGAACGAUCCUAGUCCGUCAUCACCAGCACCGUCUCAAAUAUCAUCAUUCUCACCUACGAUCACAUAUUUAGAAGUAUUAAAACGUUUUAACGCUAAUGUUCCUUACAGUGGCCUAAUAAAUGCUGUUACAAGUGAAGGCUUAUUUGCUGAGAAUAAGGAAAAGUUAAUUCAUACAGCUUUAAAUUCCCUAUUAGACAAUGACACAACUACUCAAGAUGCUGAAUAUUUAGAAGAUCAAUAUCAUUGCCUAAGACGUUUAUUAGCAUCGAAAGCUGGUUUUCAAGCGUUUACUCAAUUACCAAAAUUUCGUGAACGUAUUGGAGUUAAAAUUGUUAAAUCCUUAAAAUUAGGCGAUGAUAAUGUUACAUGUGCUGCUAUUGAAAUGUUAAAUACUCUGUUACAACCCAUUCAUUUAGACUACGAUAUUAAACAAGAACAAUUGAAUAAAUCAUCAAUAUUAUCAUCAAAAAAAUUCUUAGAAACUUUAUUAGAUAUAUUUUUAAAAAAUGUAAAACAAAAUACUGGUUCUUUAAUUAUUUCAUCUUUUUUGGAUUUUUUAACGUAUACACUAUGUCAACCAUUUUCAGAAACAACAGGUACACUUCAUGGUCAACAUUUUGAUGUACUAUUAGAAUUAGUCUCGACGAAUGGUCGAACAUUUUUUAAAUUAUUUCAACAUUCAUCAUUUACCAUUGUUAAAGGUGCUGGUUUAAUAAUGAAAUCAAUUAUUGAAGAAGGUUCAAAUGAAAUUUCAGCUCAUAUGCAAGAUUUGGCAUUGAGUGAAUGUGCAUUACCCAUUCAUUUGUUACGAGCUCUUUAUACAUCAUCGUCAGAUACUCGUUUAUUACCAUUAAAAUAUUUGAGUCAAAAUUUGAUUGCUCUCUGGUCAACGGGUCAUCCAACCACAUAUGGACUAUUAAAACGAAUAUUUCCUCUUGGAUUAUUAGCAUAUUUGGAUUCAAAUGAACAACCAGAAAAAGAUUUAGAUGAUCAAUCAAUUACACGAGAUAAUCUAAAAUUGGCCAAUGAACAUCAACAACAACAACAAAAAGGUUUAAAUAUUGGUUCAUCAAUCGCUCAAACAGCUAAUAAAAUUCGUAAUACUACUCAAGUAAAAGUAAUUGAAACUCAUGUACAAACGUUUUUACAACAUUGGAGUAUUAAAUUAAAACAAUCAAAAAAAAUUCAAAAAUCAAAUGAUAAUGAUAAACCAAUUGUAUUAAGAAAACCACGUCAACGUAUUAAAGCUGAAAAAAAUUGGAAAUUAUUUUAUCAAAAAUUUCAAUUUGAUCAUAUUCGUCCAACACUAAUAUGGAAUAAUAAGACAAGAGAAGAAUUACGUGAAACAAUUGAACAAGAAAUAAGAAAUUUUAAUAUAGAUAAAGAUAUUGGACAUGGACAUUUGAUAUCUUGGAAUUAUCAAGAAUUUGAAGUAUUAUAUACGUGUUUAUAUGAUGAAAUUAAAAUAGGAACUGUUUAUCUUAGACUUUUAUUAGAACAAGAUGAAUUAAUAAAACAAGCAACAUCAUCGACAAAUAAUGAUGAAUUAACAGGUAAUUAUGAACCGCACGAAUUUUUUAAUGAUUUAUAUCAUCGUUUUUUACUAUCAUCAACAUCUCUUGCUCCCGGUAUGAAAUCUUCAUCAAUGAAAUCAAUGUGUUUACAAGCAAUGACAAUUGUCUAUGGAAAAUAUGCUGAACAAAUUGGCCCAUUUAAUGAUACUCGUUCAAUUGUACAAAUGUUAGAUCGAUGUAUUGAUCGUACAGAACGUGAUCGUUUACUAUUAUUUAUACAAAAAUUAAUUUUAAAUAUUCGAAAUGUUCGUGAUCUUAUUGACUGUGGUGGUAUUAAAUUACUCAUACAAUUAAUGUGUCUCGCUCAUCUUCAUAUUAAUAGAGCAUGUGUACCAUUACAGACAAAUGUCAUUGAAUCAUCGUCAAAUAUGAAUAGAGACAGUGAAAAAGAAUGGUAUUAUGGAAAACAAGAUAAAGAAAAAUUGGGUCCCUAUAGUUUUCAAGAACUAAAAGAAUUUUAUCAAGAAGGAAUUGUUGAUACAAAAACAAAAUUUUGGGCACAAGGUAUGGAAGGUUGGAAAUUAAUGGAACGUAUACCUCAAUUAAAAUGGACUAUGUUAGCAAGUGGUCAAUCACUUCUCAAUGAAAGUGAUAUGUGUGCUUUAAUAUUAGAUAUUCUAAUUCAAAUGUGUGACUAUUAUCCAAGUCGUGAUUUAAUAACAAAUUCAAUUAUACGUCCAUUACCAAAAAUUAAACGUAUACUCAAUGAUUCAACAUGUUUACCUCAUCUUGUUCAAUUGUUAUUAACAUUUGAUCCACAAAUUGUUGAAAAAGUUGUUGUUCUAUUAAAUUUAUUAAUUCAAGAUAAUCCAAUGUUAACAACAUUUUAUAUGUCGGGCAUUUUUUAUUUUAUUCUUAUGUAUACAGGAUCAAAUAUUUUACCUAUUGGUCAUUUUCUCAAAUAUUCACAUUUAAAACAAGCAUUUCGUUCUGAUUUAGAACAAACAUCACAAAAUAAACAAAAUGAUUUAAUUUAUCAUAGUGUACUUGGACAUAUGUUACCAGAAGCAAUGAUUUGUUAUUUAGAAAAUUAUGGACCAGAAAAAUUUGCACAAAUGUUUUUAGGUGAAUAUGAUCAACCGGAAACAAUAUGGUCAAAUGAAAUGCGUCGUUUAAUGAUAGAAAAAAUAGCCGUACAUCUAGCUGAUUAUUCUCCUCGUUUAAUGUCGAAUAUUUAUGCUGUCUAUCAGUAUUGUAAUAUUCCAGUAAUAAAUUAUCCACAAUUAGAGAAUGAAUUAUUCUGUAAUCAGUAUUAUCUAAGACAUUUAUGCGAUGAAAAAAAAUUUCCGGAUUGGCCAAUUAAAGAUCCCAUUGCACUAUUAAAAGAUUGCUUACAAAUGUGGAAAUCAGAAAUUGAAAAGAAACCAUCUGAUAUGUCUGUUGAGGAAGCGUAUGAAGUUUUAGGUAUUGAAAUCAAAUCAAAAGAACAACAAACUACGAACAAUAAUGAAUCGGGAAAAAGUGAUAAUCAAUCAACGUUUCAACAACCAAGUGAAGCUUCAAUUCGUAAAGCUUAUUUUAAAUUAGCACAAAAAUAUCAUCCAGAUAAAAAUCCGGAUGGACGUGAAAUGUUUGUUAAAGUGAAUAAAGCAUAUGAAUUUCUUUGCUUAGCUUCACGUAUUAAACAAGGUCCAAAUGAUUUUAAUUUAUAUUUAUUAUUAAAAACACAAACAAUAUUAUAUCGUCGGUAUAAACAAAUAUUGAGUGAAUAUAAAUAUGCUGGUUAUCCAAUGUUAAUUCGAAUAUUAGAUCAAGAAUGGAAAAAUGAUCAAUUGUUUAGUCUAGAAAAUACAUCACAAACAGCUUUAUUACCUAUAAGCAUUGAAUUACUCUACUACACAUUAGACUGUUCGGAAUUAAAUUGUGAAGAAUUACGUCGUGAAAAUGGUUUAGAAAUUUUAACUCAAGUAUUUCAACGUUGUGCUGGUGUAUUAACAAAAGCAUCAAAAUCCGAUGAUUUUAUUGUUAAAAUUUCUAAUUAUUCAGCAUUAUGUUAUGGUGUAUGCGGACAUUUUGAAAAAUGUCGAGAUUUAUUUGUCAAUACUGAUUUACAAUGUAUAUUAAAAGAAAUUUGUCAUUGUUUUAAUUAUACACAUUUGAAACAAUUAUGUACCUCUUUAUGUAAAGCAUCAAGAUCAUUGUGUAUACAAGAUCAAAGAUUGAGAGACAUGUUUUAUAAACAUGGAUUAUUAGUUUAUUUAUGUCUAGGUUUAUUUAAUUAUGACUACACAUUAGAAGAAAGCGGUAUUGAAAUGGAUAUUGAGAAAGGAGAUAAUCGUCAGUAUAUCGAUAAUCAAUUAUCAUUUGACUAUAUGGCAACGUUAAUCACUUUAUUACAUGAUAAUAAAGAUUCUUUCUGUUUAAAUACAUCUUGUACAUUUUUAACAUCGUAUAUUGUUAAACAAAUGUUAAAAAUACAACCAGAUGAAUCACAACUUGAUAAUAAAGAUAAAUAUCGUCCAUUAUUAAAAUUAUUAAAUUCAAAUACAGAAACACCAUACAUGAUUUGGGAUAAUUCAUGUCGACAAGAACUUGUCGAAUAUUUAGAACAAACAAGACAAAUAUUAAUGAAAAAUGAAUAUAAAUUGAAUAUAGAUGAAUUUGGACGAAAUUUUAGUUAUACAGCACAUAAAAAUGAAUUAAUUAUUGGAGAUAUAUUCGUUCGAAUAUACAAUUUACAACCAACAACAGUAUUAGAAGAACCAAAAAAAUUCUGUACAGAUUUAUUAGAUUUUCUUGGUACAUCGUCACAAUACAUUAAUACACUCAUUUCAAUGAAACAACAGCAACAACCACAAGGGGAUGAUAGUAGUAAAACUGUUGAUGUUAUUCAGUUAGAAAAACAAGCGCAUAUUGAACAAGCAUUAGAAGCAUUGAAAAAUGUUAUUCGCAAUAAUAUUGGAAUAGAAACAUUGUGUCUGGGACAUUUUAAAUUAUUAUUUAGUUUAUUACGAAUGGAUAAUAUUCAUCGUACACAAAUAUUAGCACUUGAACUUAUAUUACAUAUAACAGGUUCAAAUGAAUGUGUUCAAGAUAUAUCACAAUCAAAUGUUAUUGUCUAUUUGUUACUUGCACUUAAAUCAUCACCAUCCAAAGUUCAAAAUGAUAUACAACAAUUAGUUUUAGAUAUUUUAGCUUGUUUAUGUUCAAAUACAAAAAUUGUCAAAGAUUUAUUUACAUCUGGUGGACUACUGUAUCUACUAGAUAUAUUUGCGAAUGGUCAAAAUUCGAAUAUUCGUGAAAAAUCAGCUGAAACUAUGUCUAAAUUAAUGUCUGAUCGUUUACAUGGACCACGAAUUCGUUUAAUAUUACAAAAAUUUUUACCUAGUCUAUUUAUGGAUGCUAUGCGUGAUUCAUGUGAAACAUCAAUACAAUUAUUUGAAACUCAACAUGAAAAUCCUGAAUUAAUUUGGAAUGAUCAUAUUAGAGAAAUGACAUGUGAACGAAUAAGUCAAUUAUUAACUGAAUUUUAUUCAAAACAAAAAUUAGAUCCAACUGAAGUUAAAUGGUCUAUUGAUGAUAAUUUUCUAUUAUUAGCAGAUGAUGAUGAAGCAACACGUAUUUCACAAACAGAAUUGAUUAUUGGCGGUGUCUAUAUUAGAUUAUUAAUACAAAAUCCUGGUUGGAUUGUUAGACGACCAAAAGAAUUUCUAACAGAAUUAUUAACACGAUGGUCUUUAAAUAUUAAACAUCCACUUGAAGCUCAUGUUAAUGAAUUUGAAAUGUUAACACAAUGUUUGAUGCAAUUAUUAAAUGCUCAACCAACACUUUGUGAACAUAUACCAUCAAUUGGUUUUUUACCAACAAUUAUUCAAGGUUUAGAAUGUAAAGAUAAUAAUUCAAUUUGUGCAUCAUCAAUUAAAAUUCUUUAUCAGUUAUCUAAAAAUGAAACGUGUAUUCAAACAAUGUCAACAACUUGUCCACAAAUUAUUUCCGGUUUUCGAAUAGCAAUGACAAUUAGACAUGAUCAUUUAGGUUUAAUAGCUGAAUGUUUACAUUCAUUAUUUAAAAUACCAAAUAAUGAUGAAUUUAUUAGAGAUGCACUAAAAUGUCAAUUAAUUGAUUAUAUUUUAACAUUGUUAGGACAACCAUUAGUUGAUAUAGAAAAACCUGGCUCAUGUAAAGCACAUCUAGUUGAUACAUGUAAAUUAAUGACACAAUCUCUUACAUAUGGUGAACAAAUUCUUAAAAUUUUACAACAAUCAACAGUCUGGAAUGACUAUAAAGAUCAACGACACGAUUUAUUCAUACAAACUUCAACCCAUAUGCAGGCAAUCACAGGUGGAUCAAGUGGUCCUGCUAUUGCUGGAUAUUUAACGUCAACACCGUCACAAAUUCAACAAAAAAUACCACCACCAAUUAUAGAUCAUGGAAUGGAUUAA